AUGACCAGCUUGCCGGCCCGUGUUGUACUCCAAGUCGUCCAUCUUCAAUCAGCAUCCUCCAAUUGUGUUCUCGCGGUAAUGUCGCCCAACGGUCUCGGAGGUCGUCCGCCCACCCAGUUUCUACCCCCCGCUGGUGCCUACUACGAUCAAUUCGACAUCAUUGAACUCUUCGGCCCAGACAUACCUAGGAAGGGUCUUUGUAGUCACUGUCUACAGCCUGGAUGCAGAUGCCUCUGCGCUAUGGCGUACUGCUCGUACAGGUGGCGCAAAGACCACGGAUGUACUCCAGACCCAGACGAUAUGAUCGCGCUACGGCCCGGAAUGAACCAGGUUGCAGAUCUUCAUGGCCUCGGGAUCAUACAGACCAUGUCUCAUGUCUCUAUGGACGUCUUGCCGAACAUGGACAAUGCUGAUGUCAAGGAAUACUACGCCGGCCAUACCAUACAACGCAGUCAUCGCAUCCGUACCCGCACGCCCAUCACAUGGGUCAACGAGAACGGAAAGAGGAGCGCCGCUAUGACAGUCAAAGUCAACCCCAAUGAGGCGGUAGUAGGUCCCUCCAACGGUGUCAUAAUCUGUGUUCCAGACUCUCAGGUCCACGAUCUACCUUUCAUCGAUCCUCAGCUCGCACAAGCCAUCCGCCAAGUCACCGAAGAGCCUUCGUCCCAUCCGCUAAUGUCAAUCCCGGGUCUUUGGCUCCAGCCACGAGCUCCGCCAGACAACAACAUGCAGCUCCAGAUCAUCGCUUCUGCCAACGCUAUCACCAUACCUUCUUCAUCUACAUCGGAGAGUCUCCGCUAUCCUGCUCUGUCCCCUACGGCUAGCCUACAACUGCACUACGAGAAGCUGCUGCAUGAGCCCGACCAGCGAGAGCUUCAAUACAUCGCUGAGAGUAAGGACAAGGACAGGAUGAUCAGGACGCUUAAGGCCAAGCUUGGAUGGUCGUUGGAGUAG